AUGGCGAACGCACCGCGAGGCGUGACCGUAGCCGUAGCCGGCGUCCUCACGGCCGCCGUGGUCCCGCCCGCCCCCCGCCAGGUGUGGAUCCACGCGUACAAGCGCCUGCGCGUGAGGCCCCACGAGCGGCCGCUGCUCAUGACGGAGCCGCCGCUCAACCCGACGCGCAACCGCCAGCUCAUGGCGGAGGCGGCCUUCGAGGGCCUCGGGGUGCCGGCGCUGCACGUGGCGAGCCAGGGCCUGCUGGCGCUGUACGCCCGCGGCGAGACCACGGGCCUCGUGGUGGACUGCGGCGACGGCGUCACCCACUCGGUGCCCGUGUUCGACGGCUUCGUCCUCUCGCACGCCGUCAUGAGGCUCGACCUGGCCGGCAGGGACGUCACGGACCACCUGGCACGCACGCUGCGAGACGGCGGCCACGUCUUCAUGAGCACGGCGGAGAAGGAGAUUGUGCGCGACAUGAAGGAGCGCCUCUGCUACGUGGCGCUCGACUGCGCCAGCGAGGCAGCGCGCCCGCGCUCCGACAUCGAGGCGCGCUACCGGCUGCCCGACGGCGCCGUGGUGAGCGUCCACGAGCAGCGCUUCCGCGCCCCCGAGGCGCUGUUCCGCCCGGACGCGCUGGGCCUGGAGGCGCUGGGGCUGCACCAGCUCGCCUGGGCCAGCGUCAUGCGCUCCGAGAUCGACCUGCGGCGCCACCUGUAUGGCAACGUGGUGCUGUCGGGGGGCACCACCAUGCUGCCCGGUCUGGACGAGCGUCUCUCGCUGGAGCUGUCCCGUCUGGCGCCGCCGGGCGCCGUUAUCAAGACGAUGUCCUCCCCCGAGCGCCGCUUCGCCGUCUGGAUCGGCGGCUCCAUCCUGGCCGGCCUCGCCGCCUUCUCGGCGACCCGCUGGCUGUCGGCCGCCGAGUACCGCGAGGCCGGCCCCUCCGCACUGCUGCGCUACUGUAGCUGAGCGCUGGCUGAGCGGGGGGGGGGACGGGGAGGGGAGCAGGCAUUCGACCCGACCCAAUUGACCUGACUCACUCACCCACCCAGACCCACUCACCCUGACCCACUCACCCUGACCCACUCACCCACCGUGACCCACUCACCCACCCUGACCCACUCACCCUGUCCCACUCACCCACCCAGACCCACUCACCCUGACCCACUCACUCACCCUGUCCGACUCACCCACCCUGACCCACUCACCCUGUCCCACUCACCCACCCAGACCCACUCACCCUGACCCACUCACUCACCCUGUCCCACUCACCCUGUCCCACUCACCCACCCAGACCCACUCACCCACCCAGACUCACUCACCCUGACCUACUCACCCACACACACUCACUCACCCUGACCCACUCACCCACCCAAACCCACUCACCCUGUCCCACUCACCCUGUCCCACUCACCCAGACCCACCCACCCUGACCCACUCACCCUGACCCACUCACCCACCCUGACCCACCCACCCUGACCCACUCACCCUGACCCACUCACCCACCCAGACCCACUCACCCUGACCCACUCACCCACCCUGUCCCACUCACCCUGACCCACUCACCCACCCUGACCCACUCACCCUGUCCCACUCACCCUGUCCCACUCACCCACACAGACCCACUCACCCUGACCCAAUCACCCUGUCCCACUCACCCACCCUGUCCCACUCACCCUGACCCACUCACCCACCCUGACCCACUCACCCUGACCCACUCACCCUGUCCCACUCACCCUGUCCCACCCACCCAGACCCACUCACCCUGUCCCACUCACCCACACAGACCCACUCACCCACCCUGUCCCACUCACCCACACAGACCCACUCACCCUGUCCCACUCACCCUGUCCCACUCACCCACACAGACCCACUCACCCUGACCCAAUCACCCUGUCCCACUCACCCACCCUGACCCACUCACCCUGACCCACUCACCCACCCAGACCCACUCACCCUGUCCCACUCACCCACACAGACCCACUCACCCUGACCAGGCCGGACCUGGCCAGUCCACUCGUACACUCCGACCCCGUCCCACGCCUCCCGACGGCAUUUUAUUUAUUUACGCGUUUGUUUGUUGGUUGGUUUACGCGCCCAGGCACCUCGCUUGGCGGUGGACAGUCGUCGUGUUGUAAUCUGGCAGGGCAUUUGUAAUAAAGCUGAAUUACACCGAU